UCGUGCGCACUUCACUAGCUCGCGGUAUCGUCACGGGCACGUGGAUACCGUCGCUGUCAAGAAGGAUUGCUCAGUAAAUCGCCAGAUUAUCGAGGUAUCGAAGAAGACAAAUUAUGGAUCCCGAUAGUUUCAAGGAUUACGCCAAGGAUAUGGCAGAAUACGUCGCAAAUUAUUUGGAAAAUAUUAGAGACAGAAAGGUUUUACCUACGGUGGAACCUGGUUAUAUGAAACCCCUCUUGCCAUCCGAAGCACCACAGACCCCUGAACAAUGGCAGGACAUAAUGGCCGAUAUUGAAAGAGUAAUAAUGCCAGGUGUUACUCAUUGGCACAGUCCAAAAUUCCACGCAUACUUUCCUACUGCGCAAUCGUAUCCCUCGAUUCUGGCUGAUAUGUUAAGUGGAGCUAUUGCGUGCAUUGGAUUCACAUGGAUCGCGAGUCCAGCUUGUACAGAAUUAGAAGUAAUCGUGUUGGAUUGGCUAGGAAAAAUGCUAAGCUUGCCGAAAGAAUUUCUUGCCUGUAGCGGUGGAAAAGGCGGUGGCGUUAUUCAGGGCACUGCUAGCGAAGCCACUUUAGUAGCGUUACUAGGAGCGAAGGCCAAGAAAAUACAGCAAGUUAAAGAGCAGCAUCCUGAUUGGACGGAAAACGAGAUCAUCAGCAAACUAGUCGCAUACUGUUCUUGUCAAGCACAUAGUUCGGUUGAACGGGCUGGACUUCUCGGUGGAGUAAAGUUUAGACAAUUAGAAGUCGAUGAAAAAUAUAAGCUGCGCGGCGACACAUUUGCUGAAGCAAUCAGGAAGGAUAAAGAGCAAGGAUUCAUACCAUUUUAUGCUGUCGCUACUUUGGGUACCACUGUUAAUUGCGCCUUUGAUCGUCUUGAUGAAAUGGGUAUCGUAGCAAAUCGUGAAGACAUUUGGUUGCAUGUGGAUGCCGCUUAUGCAGGAUCUUCUUUUAUUUGCCCGGAAUUUAGAUAUUUAAUGAAAGGUAUCGAAAUGGCAGAUUCAUUCAAUUUCAAUCCGCACAAAUGGAUGUUAGUUAAUUUCGACUGCUCUGCCAUGUGGCUUAAAGAUCCGACAUAUGUCAUAAACGCCUUCAACGUCGAUCCUUUGUACCUGAAGCACGAUAUGCAAGGUUCAGCACCGGAUUAUAGGCAUUGGCAGAUUCCACUUGGACGCAGAUUCCGAUCUCUAAAACUGUGGUUCGUAUUGAGGCUCUAUGGGGUCGAGAACCUUCAAAAGUUCAUUAGGUCGCACGUCGCUCAAGCACACGAAUUCGAAGCAUUAGUUCUCUCAGACCCUCGCUUCGAAAUCGUGGGCGAAGUUCUCAUGGGAUUGGUUUGUUUCCGAUUAAAGGGAUCCAACGAACUCAAUGAAGCUCUGUUAAAGAGAAUCAACGGUGCAGGAAAUAUCCAUCUCGUCCCAUCGAAAAUAAAGGACACGUACUUCCUGCGACUCGCCGUCUGUUCUCGAUUUAGCGAGAGCAAAGACAUACAAUAUUCCUGGAAAGAGAUCAAGCUGAGAGCUAACGAAAUUCUCGAAGAACAAUCGCUUUCAAAGUGAUGGCGCGCUCAGAUAGCUCGCGGUUGCAGAUCGCUGGCGCCUGCUACAUGCAACCAAUCCUAGUUACAAGUAUUUCCUUAUAUCUAACUGCUCUUAAGGACCAAAAACGUUAAAAUAGCGAAUGAUUAAGCGAUCAGAUAAUUACG